AUGUUUGUUCCCGGCGGUGAUCUUGCUCCUAGUCAACAUUCUGCUGUUGCUUUAGCAAAUUCCACGGCUCUAGUUGAUGCAUGGGCUCGAAUAAAUCUGAAAUUUGAUCUUAUGUAUUCGAAAAGAGCUUUUGUUCAUUGGUACAUCAAUGAAGGAAUGGAAGAAAAUGAUUUUAGUGAAGCUCGAGAUAAUUUAGCUGCUCUUGAACAAGGCGAAUCUGCUGUUGGAAAAUCUUCGUUGGCACUUCGAUUUGCCAAAGGACAAUAUCAAGAUCAUGCCGAAAGUACUAUUGGUGCUGCUUUUCUUACACAUACACUUCAAAUUGAUGCGGAUACAACACUAAAAGUUGAACUAUGGGAUACAGCGGGUCAAGAACGAUAUCAUUCUCUUGCCCCAAUGUAUUAUCGUGGUGCACAAGCAGCUCUUGUUGUCUAUGAUAUAACAAAUGCAGAUUCUCUUAGUCAAGCAAAAAAAUGGGUAAAAGAAUUGCGAACAGCCAAUGGAAUCGAUAUGACCAUUGGCUUAGCUGGAAAUAAAGCUGAUUUAGCAGCAACAGCCAAUAAACGUAAAGUAGAUGCACGAGAAGUAGCUGAAUAUGCAGAUGACAAUCAACUUAUUUUUAUGGAAACAUCAGCUAAACGAGGUGAUAAUGUAUCGGAAAUAUUUAUGAAUGUUGCUAGACAAGUAGCUAUGAAACAACCGACUAAUACAUUGAAUAAACCGCAGGGAGCAUUUCCGCCAACAAAGCCAAAACCAAAAGGAAGUAGCUCUUGCUGCGGCAGUAGUGACAGUAAAUCAUAA